AUAACAGAAGCGCGUGAUAACCGCAAUGACAAUUUCCUUGAAGGAAUUAGAAGAUUCGGAUAUCCCGCUCUCAAUUUUUUACAAGCGCCGCACCCACAUCUUCAGUUGCGCAAUCGCUUCAAUGAUGAAGUGUGGCCGAACCCUCCUCCUCCUAGACCACCAUCGCCGCCGUUAAUGUAUCCGGGUUUGGGAGGAGUACCUCGCCCAGUACUUCGUAAUUACCGGAACAAUGAGGAUUUUGGUGAAAUGCCAUUUCCAAACCACCCGCCCGCAGCAAAUACCGAAGUCGUCAUCAAAUGUCCGGAAUGUCGUCAAAUCACCAAAGUUCCUCCCGAAGGCUUACCCGUUAAUUAUCGCUUGCAAGAGUUGGUAGCACAUGUUGCUGAAGCACCUGAAGUGAGCAGUGUAACUAAGAAUGAUGUCGACAAAAGUCGCCUACCCAAGUGCUUGGUUUGCGAUGAAGUCAUGGCUAAAGGAGUAUAUCUGACUUGCCGUGCAUGCAUUGCUGAGAACGAAGCUGCAGGUUUUUAUAUUUGUAUCAAUAAACUUUCAGCGGCAACUAUGUUCAAUGUGCUGCCUUAG